UCCUCCAAUGUGUCACUGUGUCCCACUAAAGCGAUUUCAGCGCACGCAGGGACUCGUCCCUACGGCGGCGGAUGGCAACAUGGCGACAGAGUUCCACAAUUUGCAGGAGUUGAGGCACAGUGCAUCUCUGGCUAAUAAAGUCUUUAUCCAGAGAGACUACAGCGAAGGAACCACCUGCCGGUUUCAGACCAAGUUCCCCUCUGAGCUGGAGAGCAGGAUUGAGCGGACACUGUUUGAGGACACUGUGAAGACGCUGAACAACUAUUACGCAGAGGCAGAAAAGAUAGGAGGCCAGUCCUACCUGGAGGGGUGUCUGGCCUGCUCUACAGCGUAUCUUAUCUUCCUCUGCAUGGAGACGCGUUAUGAGAAGGUGUUGAAGAAGAUAGCCAAGUACAUUCAGGAGCAGAAUGAGAAGAUCUAUGCUCCCAGAGGGCUGCUCAUCACUGAUCCCAUAGAAAGGGGAAUGCGUGUCAUAGAGAUUUCCAUCUAUGAAGACCGGGGCUCCAGUGACUCCAGCUCGGGGAGCAGCUCUGUGUCUGGCAGCACCGCUCGAUGACUGGGUACUUCCUAACAACCAUGUCCCCCUGAUCACUCGCAACCCUGCAGGAGAACUGAGGACAAUGAUGCUUCCCCUGUUCCAACACUUAGCACAUACAUCCAAAAGCUACGCUCACACAAAGGAUUCACUUGCUUUUGACAAAUAAAGUCAUGCUGCGCGUGACGUGCCAUCCCGGUGUUCAUGCUUAUAAAACACGUGCUGCAGGAGUUUGUUGCAAAGGAACGUGCAUGCGCCGACGCAGUCAUGUUACCUUACGAUGCGGUGUCUCAAUUUCUCAGUGUCUCAAUCUUAUUUUCGCUAGUAAUACUUUGUGUGUUCGUACCAUUACCUUUCUUCCUGUCCUCUUUGAAGUUACCACAGCUUCGUGUAAUCUGGUGGGUGAGAAAAGGAUGAGAGAAAAAGAGGGAGUAAUGAAGUGUUGAGGCACGGGUGAAGACCACAAGCCUCACCAAACCUCAGCCGCACCAUGUGGUCCAGAUCAGCCACAGCUGCACUGCACCGGACCAUGGUGGACUGAACUCCACCAUCAACCCUGCACACCAGACACUGGCGUUAAAACACGUUAUCUGUAGCUCUGGCUGAGUUUCCAGAUUUUAGCAAAUCUGCGUAGGAUGUACAAGUAUUUGAAGGCAUCGCAAAGUUUCACCCACCAAGAUAAACUGUACAAAGAACCUCAUUCACCUCUGAUGUAAAUCAUGCUGUCUGGUAGCAGAUGAAUGUCAUUCAGCCCAUCCAUGUAUAUGUAGCAGAUCUUCCAUAUCACAUGAAGCCUAUAUAGUCACAUAGUCACACACACACACACACACACACCUCGGUACUAACCUUUUGGUUUCAAUGAGUGAAACUAACCAUUCCUACAUUUUUGAUAAUGCAAAAACAUACUGUGCAUUACAUGCAAUAGUAAGUAGACAAAGGAUGGGUCAAAAAAGUCUUCCUGAAUCUUACCCUCAGUGUUUUAAAAUACACCAACCCUUCCUUGAUUUCUGAACACACUUCCAAAGAACAAUAACUGCCAUAACUGGCUCACAAAUGUGAAUGUGUCUUUUAUUUUGGUGACAUUUUGUGCAACAACAAACUUUCGUACUGCUUACUGUUUGAUACACAUGCAAAUAUGACUGGUGUCAAAUAAAUACUGUUUCAUCACAA